AUGGGUUCCUCGUGUUCUCAUUGCAAUUGCGAAAAAAAGAAUAUGGAAAAAGAUGUACAAUCAUUUCAAAUUGAAGAAUGCAUAACAAUUCCAACAUGCUAAUCCAAUCUAGAAAAAGUCUAAAUGGUUAAGCAUAAAAAGGCUAUAAUCAUUUAAAAAUAUUGGAGAGGCUACCUUAUUAGGCGAACAAUUAAAUAAGAAACAGCUACUAUGCAAUCUGUUUCUAAAACAAUACCGAGCAGUCUUACUAUUGAUAUUGAUAGUUUAGAAUGUGUGCAUAGGCCACCUUACAAGUACGCUAUCUCACUAAAAGAAUUGUAGGUGGAGCUGUCUAUACAGGUUAAUGGAGAGGCAAUUCCCGAGAUGGAUAUGGCGUUUAAGUUUGGCCUGAUGGAGCUCAGUAUUAAGGAGAAUGGAAAAAAAAUAAAGCAAAUGGUAAUGGUAAAUUUAUUCAUGCAAAUGGUGAUGUUUAUGAAGGGGAAUGGUAAGAUGAUAUGGCUAAUGGUUACGGAAUAUAUUAGCAUAUUGAAGGUCCAAAAUAUUAAGGAAAUUGGGUUAAUGAUAAAUAGCAAGGAUUUGGUAUUGAAUGUUGGCCUGAUGGUUCUUUUUAUGAAGGAGAUUAUUAUAAUUCCUUUAAGUAAGGGAAAGGAAAAUACGUUUGGAGUACUGGGCAAAUAUAUACAGGGGAUUGGGUUUAAAAUUAAAUAUCUGGAUUUGGAUGCAUGAUUUGGCCUGAUGGUAGAAAGUAUUAAGGAGAGUUUCAUAAUGGUACUAUGCAUGGGCGUGGACUAUAUACGUGGCCAGACGGAAGAAAAUAUGAAGGGUAGUAUUUUAAGGACAAAAAACAUGUAUGCUAUAAGGUAGAUUUUAGGGUUAUGGUGUAUAUGAUUGGGGAGAUGGAAGAAAAUAUGAAGGUGAAUGGGAAUUCGGAAUAUAGCAUGGGAAAGGAUGCAUAAGCUUGAAUGAAUAAAUUUUUAAUGGUUAUUGGAAAAAGGGAAGACGUAUAAACUGA